AUGGCCAACGAAGUUUCUAGUGAGGCCAAGGGAACCCGAGCGAGCCCAGGUUACGAAGGUUGUGGAAGAGUUGAACUGCAAAGGGACAUCGAUGGCGUGGAAUCGGCUGAGGAUGCUACGUUUGGGGAGUAUUCCCCGAGCGUGAUUGGUCCACUCAUGACUGUCGAAGCUUCGCCUGAAUCUGGCACCCUGGAUGUCAACGCCCAGGAUGGCGGGGAGAUUGUUAAUUCUGGAUCCUGUGGAGAAGUCUUAGAUGAGAUGGCUCAGGGAUCGGAAUGCGACGCAUUCCAGGGUUACCCGAGUAUAGAAGACGAGGGUUUCGAGUUACCUUCUUCUGCCGUACCCGGAACACCGCUCGCAAGACUUGAUGCAGCGUAUGCCAGGUGCAUGCGAGGGAGCGCUGAGGAACUCGAUUUAGAACCAGCGGUUUACAUUCGUGAAGGGAGCGAGCUUAUGUCUGAGUUGAAGGAUCAGCUGGUUAUGCUACCCGACCUAGACGAUCGCUCUCCUGAAUGUGAUAUCGAGGCUGCUGACAUUGGAAAACCUGGCGAGAGCACGGAAGCUCAGGAGAAGCAGCUGAAGGCCGUCCUGAAAAGACACCAGAAGAUCUUCUUAGGUGAUGGAAAUGCUGCCCCGCCUCCGGCGAGCGGCGUCAUUUGCGAUUUUUACUUGGGGGACGCCAAUCCAAUAGCACAACGACCCCGAUCGGUCGGUCCGCCUUUGGCAAUCAAGGUAUACAAGUUAUUGAAGAAGCUUCUGGAAGCUACACUGAUUGAACACUCUGAAUCGCCAUGGGCAUCCCCAAUUGUGAUCGUACUCAAGAAGAAUGGAGUGGACGUUCGAAUGUGCAUCGACUAUCAAGUCGUGAACAGCUUCAUUCAGUUGUCGAAUUACCCGCUGUCACUGAUCGACGAUCUCAUUACUGGUUUUGAAGGAAUGAUGUGGUUCAUGAGUCUUGAUAUGGCGAGUGGCUUCUGGACAGUCCGAAUGACUGAGAGGGCUAAACUGAUCUCGGCAUUCACCUGA